UUCUAGAGAUGGACUUGGGCAGGAGGAACCCCCAAGCCAACGCGCUCAGCCCUUGUUUUCCCCCCAUCAGGAUUUGUCCUUCCCAAAGCUUGGGCGGAUGGAGGAGGAGGCUGCGAGGAAGAGGAAGAUGCCUUGGGCCCCCCAGGCAGGCCCCGAGCUGAGGAUGGAGAGCCCGGAGGACAAAUCCCCCCGUGAGACCCUGGUGGGAGAGGCCGUUUUGAAGGGCUCCCCGGCGCAGGAAGGCAGCGGGGAGGAAAAGGGCCGGAGAUCCCCCCGCAGGAGGGGCUCCAAAGCCAUCCCAGGGUGCUCUGAGGAGGAAAGAGCCAGCCUGUGCCAGGAAGGCAGACAGAGCUUCCGCAGGACCUCUGACCUCGUAGUCCAGAGGCAACCUCCCUCUAGAAAAAAGCCCUUCAAGUGCUUGGAAUGUGGGAAGAGUUUCAGGAGGAGCUUCCACCUGAUACGACACCAGCAGAUCCACACAGGGGAACAGCCCUACACGUGUGGGGAGUGUGGGAAGAGCUUCAGGGACAGCUCUGAUCUCCUCACGCACCAGCGCAUCCACACUGGGGAACGGCCCUACAAGUGCUUGGAGUGUGGAAAGGGGUUUCACACCAGCUCCAGUCUCCUCAGGCACCAGCAGACGCACACGGAUGAGAGGCCCUUCCGCUGCACCGACUGUGGGAAGGACUUCAUCCAGAACUCCGACCUCGUCACCCACCGGCGCAUUCACACAGGGGAGAGGCCCUACAAGUGCUUGGAAUGUGGAAAGAGGUUUCAGACCAGCUCCAGUCUCCUCCUGCACCAGCGGACGCACACGGAUGAGAGGCCCUUCCGCUGCACCGACUGCGGGAAGGGCUUCAAGCAGAACUCCAACCUCGUCACCCACCGGCGCAUCCACACCGGGGAAAGGCCCUACAAGUGUGGGGAGUGUGGGAAGAGCUUCACCGACAGCUCUAAUUUGACCAAACACCAGCGGACCCACCGCAGGGAGAAGCCCUUCAGGUGCUUGGAAUGUGGGAAGAACUUCAACCGUAGCUCCACCCUGCUCCAACACCAGCACAUCCACACUGGGGAACGGCCCUACACGUGUGGGGAAUGUGGGAAGAGCUUCAGCCGUAGCUCCAAUCUCUGCACCCACCGUCUCAUCCACACUGGAGAACGGCCCUACAAGUGCUUUAAAUGUGGGAAGAGGUUUCGGACCAGCUCAAAUCUCCUCCUGCAUGAGCAGACACACACAGAUGAGAGGCCCUUCCGCUGCAUGGACUGCGGGAAGGGAUUCAAGCGGAACUCCAACCUCCUCACCCACGGGCGCAUCCACACUGGGGAUAGGCCCUACAAGUGUGGAGAGUGUGGGAAGAGCUUCAGCCGAAGCUCUCAUCUGCUCCGGCACAAGCACAGCCACACUGGAGAACAGCCCGGGAAAGGGGUGGGAGAGGGGGGCUAGGGGGAGGAGGGAGAGUGGGAGUGGAUGUGCUGUGGGGCUGCCUUGUUGUGGCUGC